CCCCUCUAGACCAUAGGAGAAGACAACAUUUCAGUUCAUGCAUUAUUAAAACCCAAAUGAGCUCCCACCAAUCGGAAAGUAAGAAGAAAGGCCUUUAUAUUCGGGGAAAUUGACCAAAUCGGCCGAUCAAAAACUUAAAGUGUGUGGCUGCAUGCAUAUUAAAACUCAUUAACUUUUUGUCAGAAAAAACAAGUUGGGGAGUUAAAGAAACAAGUAAACAUGCAACAACUUUUUGUACGAAAGAUUGACUCAAAUGCACUAUUGGACCAUAGGAGAAGACAACAUUUCUGUUCAUGCACUAUUGGAGCCCAAAUGCACCCCAACCCAUCGGAACGUAGGAGGAAAGGCCUUUAUAAUUAGCGAAAGACCAAAUCGGCCGAUCAGGAAAUUAAAAUGUGGGGCUGCGUAUUAAAACUAGUUUGACGUUUUGUCAGAAAAAACAAGGUGCUUAGUUAAGAAAUGACAACUAAAAUAGAAUAACUUUUUGUUCGAAAGAUUGAUUCGUCGACAACUUGUGCCAAUCCAAGGAUGGGACUGAAGAAACAAGGUGGGCAUCUUCCUCUAUUACAUUUGAGAGAACCUUGCUCAUUACUCUCUGCUGUAUAAACUGAAACGCCAAGACUUGCCGGAACCAGUUGUAUUCAACGACGCAACUAAGUUGGUUCAUUUCGCACUUUGAACCUUGAGCUGUUUUUUCGGAUUUGAUGACCUCCUCCCCUUCAGCAUCAGAGGGGUAAAUCUAUAGUUCAAGCUUAAAAAGUGCCCCAAAACGAAAGAUUGAACAGUGUUGGACUUAACAAGGUUUAAAUCUGAAGUUGGGGUUUGACUAAUUCUGUUGCUAUUGCUUACUGUCACUGGUGAGAAUUGUCGUUUGUUUACAUGAGAGGGAAGUUGCACACAUGGCGAACACUGACCAAGAAAGUGCUCCACUGAUUGCAAACAACGACCGACCCAGAGAUUUGGCAAUUACCAUCACUGAACACGGCUUAUUAGAGCCUGUGCCUGAGUGUUGCAUUUACAAGGCCCCGAUACGUUUUCGUGAAGCAAACGAAAAAGUCUACACUCCUCAAUUGAUUUCAAUAGGGCCUGUUUUUCACGGUAACAAAAAUUUGGCUCUAAUGGAGAGGCAAAAGCAGAGAUAUUAUGAAAAUUUUUUGAGAAGGACUUCCGUUGAGACAUCGAGAAAAGCUGCGAGCUACAUCGAAAAUAAUUUAGAACGUACAUGCAAGUGUUAUGACCCCCAAUUUGGCUUUGAGUUGGAGGCUUCCAAAUUCAUAAAGAUAAUAUCAUAUGAUGCAGUUUUUAUCAUUGAGCUCUUCUUGAGGACAAUUGGAGAAACAUACGAUGACGACUUCUUCCGUGGAGAAUUGUUAAGAGUAGAACUUCCAACGGAUUUGAUGUUACUUGAAAAUCAACUCCCAUUUUUUGUCCUUAAAGAUCUAUAUAACAUAGCUUUUCCUGAGCCUGCUAAGAUCUUUUCUUUUCUUGAUCUUGCUUGCUGGUACUUUGAUGUCAACAAAGAUCUAUCAUUGGAUGACAAGGAGAUUAAACACUUUACGGAUUUAAUUAGAUACCAAGCACAGAGUUCUUACCCACUAAACUCACUUGAGGGAAUCCACAACAUGUACAGUGCAACCAUGUUGCACGAGGCUGGUGUUAAGUUUGUUGGUGUUAAGAAUCAUGAAGUUCAUAUUGAAAGUACCGGGUUUGAAGGUUCUAAGCCUGAAGUUCGUAAUAGUAUAAACAACUUGCUUAAUGUAAAAUUUGAGAAGGGAGUGCUAGAACUCCAAGUUAUUACUGUGAAGUAUGAAACUGAGACUCGUUUUAGAAACUUGAUGGCCUUCGAGCAAUGUCAUUAUCCAAAGGAGGCUUAUUUUUGUAGUUAUAUUCUAUUACUAGACUCUCUUGUUAAUACUAGUGAAGAUGUAGAUUUAUUGGUAAAGGAUGGGAUUAUUGUCAAUAGAUUGGGUAGCAGUGGAGCUGUGGCAGAUAUGAUUAACAAUCUUGCUGUGGGAGUUGUACAUUCAACUAUGCUCUAUGACCAAAUCGGAAGGAAUCUAAACCAGUAUUAUCAUAAUUGUUGGAACCGUACAUGGACUAUCUUGAAGCAUGUCUACUUCAACGAUCUUUGGAGAGGAACUGCGACUAUCGCUGCUUUCAUCGUAGUGAUACUCACUCUCACACAAGCUAUAUUGGCAAUUUUAGAUCGAGCAAUACCCAUAAAAUAAAUGCUCUUGCUUGAUUGUAAUCUUCCAUUCAAUGAAAAAAUAAAAUCAAUCUUUUCAUGUGUA